AUGUGGAGUGCGAUGGCUGAUGACGGUAGUGAGUUGAACGGACAAAAUGGUGUUGACCCCCCAGGACUGUUAAAUCAACGGCAGCAGUUGAAUCAGCAGAUUAAUCCCGCACCAGCGGCCCACCAGCAGCAGCAAUUCUUCGCUCCCGUCGUGACUACACACCAGCAACAGCAGCCGUUCAUUCCCGUUUCUGCAGCUCAGCAGCAGCUGUUUACAAACAUUCCGCCCCACCAAUCGCAACCCCAGGUCAGUAAUGAUAUGCUCAUGCAAAUAAUGCAGAUGAUGCAACAGACGAUUGCUCAAAGCCAACAGCAGUUUGCUCAAAGCCAGUUCCAACACCAACAGCUUAUGGCUCAGCUGGUACAGCGGCAGCAACAGUCCGACGAGCAGCAACAACAGUUUUUUCGUACUAUUGCAUCGUCAAUAAACGUGCAAGUACCACCGAACCCGGAACAGAUCCUUGACUCCUUGGCAAGCAAUAUCAAGGAAUUCCGGUACGAGAUCGAGAGUAAUGCCACUUUCGCAGUGUGGUACUCUAGAUACGACGAUCUUUUCGAGAAGGAUGCUGCUAGGCUGGAUGACGAGGCAAAAGUUCGUCUCCUAAUGCGAAAGUUGGGUUUAGCAGAGCAUGAGAGGUACGUAAGCUUCAUUUUACCAAAGUUUCCCAAGCAUUUUAGUUUCGCACAGACAGUUGACAAGCUCAAGAACCUGUUUGGAGCGAAAGAGUCGGUUAUCAGUCGUCGAUACCGAUGUCUGCAAAUCGCGAAGAAUCCUACUGAGGAUCAUGUGGCGUUCGCGUGUAGGGUAAACAAGGCUUGCGUUGAAUUUGAACUGGGAAAGCUCACGGAAGAACAGUUCAAAUGCUUAGUAUACGUGUGUGGUCUGAAAUCGGAGAAUGACGUCGAGAUUCGUACCCGUCUCCUUACAAAAAUUGAGGACAAUAACGACGUUACAUUGGAGCAGCUCUCCGAGGAGUGUCAGCGUCUGUACAACCUCAAACACGACAGUGCGAUGAUUGAGUCUGCAGCACCAUACAACCAAGUGCAAGCGAUACAGAAGUUUGGUGGAAAGCGAUUAGGCGAGCGUGACCGAGAGUCACCACAACUGUCUUCGAGUGCUACCGGAAGGAAGCCAAGUUAUCCUUGUUGGCUUUGCGGUGCAUUACAUUUCGUCCGAGACUGUAGUUACGACAACCAUAAGUGCUCCGAUUGCGGCCAAGUCGGACAUCGUGAAGGAUACUGCGACAGUGCAAAGUCUCGGAAACCUGGAAGCAGACGUAAGAAGCGAGACGUCUCAGCCAAAGUGGUGGUGGUCGACGUAUGCAGCGUGGAGCAGCGGCGCAGAUUUGUAUCUGUUGGCCUAUCUGGAACGGAUAUUCGACUGCAACUUGACACAACAGUCAAAGCGAAGACAGCAUCUGGUAACAUUUUGCCACUCGAUUGGGAAUUCGAGUGUGACGUCACAAUCGGAGAAAGUACACGACGUGAUCUGAUCCGUGUUACCGAGAAACAACUACAUCUACUCGGUUCCGAUUUAGUCGAGAGUUUCAACCUUUGGUCCGUGCCCAUGGACACCUUCUGCUGUCACGUGUCAGGCUCUCCUGCGGCACCCACUGCACUGCAAUCGAUUUUUCCAAACGUGUUCACCGAUCAGCUCGGUUUGUGCAGCAAAACUAAAGUGAAGUUGGAGCUGAAAAAAAGUGUUCGACCCGUCUUCUGCCCUAAGCGCCCGGUUGCGUACGCGAUGUAUGAUGCCGUUGACCAGGAACUCGACCGACUGGAAAAUUUGAAUAUCAUCACCCCAGUCGAAUAUUCGGAGUGGGCUGCUCCGAUCGUUGUCGUCCGUAAAGCCAAUGGUUCCAUUCGAAUUUGUGGAGACUAUUCCACGGGGCUUAACGCUGUGCUCCAACCAAAUCAGUAUCCACUUCCCCUACCGGACGAUAUCUUCGCCAAGCUGACUAACUGUAAGGUGUUCAGCCAGAUCGAUUUGUCCGACGCUUUCUUGCAGGUGGAAGUCGACGAACAGUACCGUAAGUUGCUAACCAUCAAUACGCAUCGUGGCCUCUACUCCUACAACCGCCUCCCGCCAGGUGUGAAGAUCGCACCUGGUGCCUUCCAGCAGCUCAUCGAUACAAUGCUAGCCGGUCUGCAGUGCACGUGUGGCUACCUCGAUGACGUCAUCGUCGGCGGAAAAACUGAAGAAGACCACGAUCGCAAUUUGCGGGCUGUUCUAAAACGAAUUCAGGAUUUCGGGUUCACCAUUCGAGUCGAUAAAUGCACCUUCCGCAAGCAGCAAGUGCAGUAUGUGGGUCAUAUUGUCGACAGUCGCGGAUUACGUCCAGAUCCGGCCAAAAUCGAAGUGAUAUCCAAGCUGCCGCCUCCAACCGAUGUAUCUGGUGUGCGAUCAUUUUUGGGGGCUAUCAACUACUACGGCAAGUUUGUUCCCAAUAUGCGCAAGUUACGAUAUCCGCUGGACAACCUUCUCAAGGGCGAUGCGAAGUUCCAGUGGACUGAUGAGUGCCAGAGAGCGUUCGAGCACUUCAAACAAAUACUCUCCUCGGAUCUACUUCUCACACAUUAUGAUCCGAAGCGGGAGAUCAUUGUCUCUGGCGACGCUUCUUCCGUUGGGCUCGGGGCAACGAUUAGCCACAAGUUCCCCGACGGCACAAUCAAAGUCGUCCAACAUGCUUCCAGAGCACUCACAAAAGCUGAACAAGGCUACAGCCAACCGGAUCGUGAAGGUUUAGCUAUCGUCUUCGCCGUCACGAAGUUUCACAAAAUGCUCUUCGGAAACCGACCGAAAACCGACCACCAGCCUUUGCUCCGUAUAUUUGGAUCUAAAAAGGGAAUACCGGUCUACACAGCCAACCGCCUCCAACGAUUUGCGCUUAAUCUACUGCUCUACGAUUUUGACAUCGAGUACGUGCCCACCCACAAGUUCGACGACGCAGACUUACUCUCGAGGUUGAUCAACCAGCACGUCAAACCCGAUGAGGACUAUAUCAUCGCCAGCAUCAACCUGGAAGAGGACCUCAGAGCCGUCGCACAAAGCACCCAAGCAGAUCCACUGCUCCGAAAAGUCUACCAUCACAUUCAGCACGGUUGGCCGCAAUCUGAACAUUCAGAAUCCGACAUCCAGCGAUUCCAUGCCAGACAGGAAUCACUCUCCGUGGUAGAUGGGUGCAUCAUGUUUGCCGAACGGCUCGUCAUCCCGUCGCUCCAUCGCAAGCGAUGCCUCGAACAGCUCCAUUGUGGCCAUCCUGGUAUGCAGCGUAUGAAGGCCCUCGCUCGAAGCUACGUGUAUUGGCCCAGUUUGGAUGCUGACAUCGUCAACUUCGUCAAGGCAUGCCAACACUGUGCGGCCGUAGCCAGGGGACCUCCUCACUCUUCACCGGUGCCGUGGCCCAAGCAGACCGCUCCGUGGCAGCGCGUCCACGUGGAUUAUGCCGGUCCAAUCGAAGGCGAAUAUUACCUGAUCGCCGUCGACUCCUUCUCCAAGUGGCCAGAAAUCAUUCAAACGUCCCGUAUAACCUCGGCGGCAACCAUCAGCAUUCUCGGUGGGUUGUUUGCUCGGUUGGGUAUGCCUGUUACACUAGUCAGCGACAACGGAACCAAAUUCACGAGCGCUGAAUUCGCAGAUUUCUGCGCCUCAAACGGCAUCGAACACCUCACAACUGCUCCGUUUCAUCCACAAUCAAAUGGCCAAGCUGAACGAUUUGUUGACACGUUCAAAAGGGCUGUUACAAAAAUUCGAGAGGGGAGAGGAUCGAUACAGCAAGCGUUAGACAUAUUCCUGUUAACGUACCGAAGUACACCCAACCGGGCACUGCCAGACCAAAAGUCGCCGUCCGAGGUCAUGUUUGGCCGCAAAAUACGCACCUGUCUCGAGCUGCUACGUCCCCCAACGGUACGAACUCCAGUGGCACCGUCGGACGAUCACACAAAACCGAGGUUCUUCAGCCGGAACGAUUCGGUUUACGCUAAGCUUUAUGGCCGUAACGGUUGGAAGUGGGCUCCUGGAACAAUCAUCGAAAAAAUAGGAGACGUGAUCUGUCGACUCGAUACCAAAGCAACCUGCCAAUCAAGCCACCUCUCGUCAGUAUUCGUUACCGCUCGACAUCCUGUUGCGUGCCUGGAAUCUACCAAAUCAAUCUUCUGGCACGCCAGCACCGUCCCUUGUUGCGAGCGGAUCUGA